AUGUUACUCUUAGUUUUCCUGCAGCACAAAAAUUUGUGCCUUCAAGAGCUCGAGCCCUCAGCGGAGCGCUGUUCUCACCAGACAGAUGAAGCCAUCCAGGAAGUCGUUGAAGCCCUGAAGAACCAGUCGACAAACGUAUCCCUCGUUCUCACUGGCGACAGUUUCCACCAAAACCUAAAGAAAAUCAUGCUUCUCUAUGAGUGCAAAGCAAUGAAGAAGAAACUAGGGUGCCUUCUUUCCCUGCUCUCUUCCCGAUGCCCAACAGACGUCGUCCAACUCAUAAUGAAUUACUUUAUUGAAAGCCUUCCCGUUGGCUGCCAGUACAGCUACCGAGCUCCUGGCUUCCCGGACGGCCGUUUCGCGAACCCUCCAGUCAUGCAGCGGGACGACGGCAACCCGCCCCCCCUCGCGCACACCCCGCAGCAGCUGAUCGCGUCCACAAGUGGAGCCACCGCCACCCACCUCUUGCUCCUUCCAAUCCAUGCAGCCAUCUACACCCUGGCUGGCAUUUGUGUGGAUUAA